CGCUCUCGCUCGCCCUCACGCUCUCGCUCGCCCUCACGCUCUCGCUCGCCCUCACGCUCUCUAUACUCGCCCUCACGCUCUCACUCGCCCUCACGCUCACACUCGCCCUCACGCUCUCGCUCGCCCUCACGCUCUCGCUCGCCCUCACACCCACUCGCUCUCACGCUCACUCGCUCUCACACUUGA